UGGUCGGAAGCAGGAGCUCUCGCAGCUAGGAAUCCGUCCGGCGGUUCUCUCUCUGUCUGAUGCGAAGUUUCCGUUCAAACUUCCGAGGCAAGUGGUCCCAGAUAGAUAGAAAUAGACAACGAUCCCGGGCCGCCGCCAUCCGCACCAACCAGCAGCAGCAGCUCCUUGUCGAUUCACUUGGCUGCUCAGUGCAAAGUGUACGUAUAUCUUACAAGAAGUGCUAGCCGGGCUACUAUACGGACAACCCUUUAUCAACUCCUUUAUAUUCUUUGGGUGGAAUUUUUGUUUCACACCUCCGCUUCCUCCGCUCUUUUAUUUGCCUCCUCUUUCCUUCGCCGUUUCCUUCGUUGACUUGAUCAAUUCGAAAAAUUAGUGUUGGGUCCAUUAAGUGAAUCUCCCAGCCCAACGUCUUUUUUUUCCACCAUUCGAGUGAAGCCGUCACGCACGCGUGUACGCCGUGUUGCAAAUCGGAAACUCGGUCUGUGCGUGAAAGUUACGUGUCUUUUGAGUCGCCAAUUUCCCGAGGGCUUCAAAAAUUCUCCGAGUCAAUUGCCCGUCACUGCGGUGAGGAGAUUUGCGAGAAAAAAAAUCGGCCAUUAGCAGCAGCCACAGCAGAGAGAGAGGCUCUCUCUCUCAACGCUGUUCUUCCGGCCAUCCGAUCCGGAAUCUCUGGUGAAGAGAGAUCCGGUCAGGAGGAAACGGAAAGUGCCGUGGUGGACGGACGGACAGGCGGACGGACGUUUGAUAUUGACCCAUCUUCUAGUGCCAUCCCCCACUCUCUCCCGCAAUUUCAUUGCCGUUGCAUUUUAAUCCGCCCUCCCGUCAGUUGCGUAGUCUCUGUAAAGAGGAGAAAUGGAUUUCAGCAGUAGCGGAGGUGCCGGAGGAGCCAGUUCGGGCGGAGGCAGCAAGAAUUACAACGUGACGGCGAGUCUUCAUCACCACCACCAUCAGCAGAUUCACCACAGUGGCAGCAGCAACCACAAUAACUCGUCCGGCGUAGCGUCUCAUCUCAACUCUGCCCACCAUGCCGCGUCACAUCAGCACCAUUCCGGCGGAGGGAACAUCAGUCCUCCGCAGUCGCAUCAUCAGCUCGGCCAUCAACUGGCCGCCCAGGGAUCAACCGCCGCUUCCACCGCCGCCGCCACUACCGUCGUCAAAUCGGAAGAAACGGUCACCGCCACCAACAACAAUAACAACAACAACAACAUGGCGACGUCCUCGACGACUUCCGCCUCGCAACAACAGCAACAACAAACAGCGGCCCAGCAACUGGCAACGGCCGGUUUUGGUGUCAGCGCAGCCGGUGUCAACCUCUCGGUCAAUAUCGGCGUUAACAUCACUGGAGUCACACCGGAAUCCGCAGCCGCUCCUUGGGCCACCGCCGCCGCCGCCUACACAUCCAGAUUCCCGACGUUCGCCAACCCGACGACUUUGGAACAAUUGAAGCAAAGCAUCGAGCAACAGGCGCAACAACAUCAUCAACGAAAUGGCGGAGUCAAGAAUUUUCUGGGCGGAUCGGGUCCUGUUGGCCAUCACCAUCUGUCCGGACAUUCUUCAGCUACUCUCGGCUCAUCCGUGUCUUCGGGGUCCAUGGUCGGAUCGUCCGGACAUCACCACCACCACCACCAGACAUCGGGGACGCUGGUCGGGGGUCCGUCGCAUCACCAUCACUCUGUCCAUCAUCACCACCACCAUCAAAACUACCACGCCGGAGUGGCUGUCACGACCUCGACGGGCGGACAUCACCACAAUCCGGCCAGCACGGCCACGUCUCAUUUCGCUGCCGGGUUCGCAGCAGCCGCGGUGGCCGCCGCUGCCGUCGGUUCGUUGCAGCAACACGAAUCCGCCAACUCUGGAUCCGGAUCUCAGCAGAAUGGCCUCCAUCUCUCGACGACGAGUUCUUCCAAAAUCGCCAGUUCAUCCGCCCUGGUCGUUGCCUCGAGCAACGCUGAAAAACGCAACAAUCAAAGGAAUAAGUCGGAGCAGUUGCAGCAACAACAACAGCAACAACAGCAGCAGCAGCAAUCGAGUCCUUCGCAUCAGUCGAGAACAUCGCCCGAUUUCGAAUCCACUUACAAGUCGGCCUGGACUUCUCCCACCGCUUCACAGGCGUCCGGUUAUGGAUCUCACAAUACUUCGUCGUCGACUGCGCUCACGGUGGCCAAGACGACGACCAGCACGUCCACCGACAGCCAACACCUGCGUCAAUCAGAUCCCUAUCAAAUGUUUGGUGCCACCAGCAGCCGGUUGGCCAGCUCAGGUUCGGGACAGAUCCAGCUGUGGCAGUUCCUACUUGAGCUGCUGUCCGACUCGUCGAACGCGGCCUGCAUCACCUGGGAGGGCACCAACGGCGAGUUCAAACUGACCGAUCCCGACGAAGUGGCCAGACGUUGGGGCGAACGCAAAUCCAAACCCAACAUGAACUACGACAAACUCAGCCGGGCUUUACGUUAUUAUUACGACAAGAACAUCAUGAGCAAAGUGCACGGCAAACGCUACGCCUACAAGUUUGAUUUCCAAGGGCUGGCGGCGGCAACUCAGCCGACGCCCACCGAUCCGGCCUAUAAAUACCAAUCGGACUUGUUCAUGACGUCCUACCACGCCGCCGGAUCCAAGUUCAAUCUGGUCGGCGCUCACUCGGCCAUGAGCUCAUCUCCAGACGUGUGUUUCAAUGUUGGCGCCAUCUUCCCACCACCGUCGCCCUACUGGUCAACCAACCCCGGUGGCAAUCUCAGCGCAGCAAACCUCUACUCCAAUAUGCCCAUGAGCGCUGGCCACGCCCUGCAGCACCACCAUCAUCACCACCCAAGUCACGUCACUUCCCACCUCGGAUCCUAUCCGCACUACGCUUGAAACAAAGUUCUGAAAAUCCACCGACAAAAAAGGAGAAACGAACGACUUUAUAUUUUAAAACAACUGUAAAACAGAAAACCCCCGUACCGGUAUUGUAAUUUCUACUAUACAGCAGUCAAAGUAUUAUAUACCCUUUUAAAAAUACCAAAAUUUGUUUCCCCGCUUGCCAUCAGCUUUGAUGUAACACUUUUCUGGUGCUGAAUGUCGGAUGAGGACAUCCAUUUGUGUGGGUACUGCGCAGACGAUUUAAUUUGGAGAUAAACCUCCUCAUUAUUAUCUGCAACUUCAUGUUAUUGGAUGCCCGUGUGUAUGUGUGUGUACAUAGCAAAUGGCAACGGUCAUUUUGGAUGUGAAUUCGACGUACACUGUAACUUACGUAUAGGCCUAAACACCACACCGUCUUGUGGCGGCCGACUGUUUGUAUUUUUCAUUCGAUUCACCCCCCAAGUUUUCUCCCUUUGCUGUUCCAGUUUGUUCAACCGGGUGUACAUAGUUGAUUCCCUUAAUUCCACAGUGGAUUCCUCCAUGGUUUUUAAUCCCAUUUUUCGAUCUCUGAACGCAAAGUCAUCGUGAAUCAACCAGAAGAGUACCACAAUGCAGUUUCUUAGCAGAGAACAACACCAGCCAUCAAAGACUUUCUGAAUUUAAAUCUUCUAAAUGAUGUCCUGAAUUUUAAAUAACUAGUCGUAAAAUGUUAAUUAUGGGGAAAAAAAUGGAAUAUCUAUUUAGGCCUAUACACAUACACAGUGUGUUCUAUUUUCUGAUCGAUGAAGAUUCAAGGUUCACUGUACUCGGUUUCUGAUCCUCUUUUGUUGAACCCGAUUGUUUGUGUACACAUCCGCUUGAUUUAUUCCUCAACCGUGCGUAUGUAUUUAGAGGGACCAGGAAGCUCGUUCCGAUUUCCCCCAAAUCGGUUCUCUCAGUAUCUCUCUCUCUCUCUCUCUCGGUACUCUAUUAUAUACUCUUAUACACUUCGAUCUCAUUAUUGUAUAAUCUAGUCCUGUUUAGUCACGUCAAAAUCUUAUUUAACCGUUCUUGUCUCUAACCAAUUGAACAGUUUCAGUUGUUCCCUUGCCUCCCCGCCGCCCACUUUUCUGCGUGUCUAGUCAUAUUUUUGUAGUAGACUAUAUCGGUAAUGCUGUUUUCAUCAUCUUUCACCACCCCGUUUGAUUUCGUUCGGUUUACAAACUCUCGUUUUUCUCAUUAAUUAUUAUGUAAUCAAGGCGAUUUAUUAUAUUACACACAAGACA